GGGGAAGCUCGGGGUAACCGCUCCAGAACGCACUAAGUAUUUAAGCUGAUUAUUCUUUGGCAUCAAACCUGGGAACUUGCUGUGCGGUAUUGUGGAUGUUUCCGUAUUUCUAUAUUCACCAUGACGCCACACGACGACGACAAGUUGACUGCGACACGUAUUGAUACAGUCAAGAGCGCGGGUGCAAUGCACCAAGAUGUUCAACUACACGACUCCGACGAUGCAUACUCUGCCAACGAGGAUAUUGUCCGGCACCUACAGACCACAGGUGAGGAGGUCGGAAUAACCUUUAGUACGCUUAUGGCAGCAGUGUCGAUGGCGAUGUGCUACAAUGCCUAUUUAUUCACCCUACUAAUUCCGCCAUCUAUUCUUUCGUAUAUAAAUGCGGAUCUCGGACCCGACUCUCGCUAUACAUGGAUCACCAUCUCUUGGAAUCUGGGUGGCGCGAUAUUCGUGACUGUCGGUGGACGGUUGUCAGAUAUCUUCGGUCGUCGAUGGUUCUUCAUUGCUGGCGCGUGCAUACUGAUCAUCGGCAGUAUCGUCUCUGCCACGGGACAAAGUAUCAAUCAAAUGAUUGCAGGAGGCGCUCUGUUUGGAUGCGGCUCGGGUUUUCUUGAGAUGGCCUUUGGCGCUGUCCAAGAAAUCGUACCGAGCAAGUAUCGACAUGUAACCAUCGGACUUUUUGAUGCGGCCUCUAUUAUAGCCCAAAUCAUGCCUCUCGUCUCCUGGGUCAUUAUCAAACGGACGAAGAAUUGGCGGAUCUGCUACUAUGUCAUGAUUGGCUUCCAGGCUAUCAACCUCAUCUUACUCUUUUUCUUCUACAACCCACCUUCAUGGAAGGAAAAGAAGAUCGCACACGGAAAGUCCGCUCGUCUGCUUCUGCGAGAAUUUGACUGGCUUGGUCUAUUCCUCUUCCUCGCUGGUUGCACUCUCUUCAUCGUUGGUGUUAGCUGGGGUGGAUCGAUGGCUCCUUGGGUAUCCGCCACUGUGCUUGCACCUAUAGUUUUUGGCUUGUUGACCCUGAUUUGCUUGGGUUUCUACGAGGCCUUUUAUCCGCUGAAGGCGCCACUGUUCCCUCCGCGUUUGUUUCGGGCUCUGCGGCACUUUACUGUUCCCAUGUUAGUCAUGGCUAUCGGUGGUAUGCAGUACUACUCUAACGCUACGCUUUGGCCUCGCCUCUCGCAGCUCAUCUACGCCAGCGACGAGAUCUCGAAAGGUCUUUACGCAGAAGUACUUCCCCUUGGUACUAUUUUGGGCGGUAUUAUUGUAAUGUUCAGCAGGGUGAUCGGUCAUCAGCGUUGGGUGAUCAUGUUUGCUGUCGCUUUACAAACUGCUUGCGUUGGUGCAAUGUCGACUUCCAAAAUGGACAACCCAGUCCAGUCAAUCAUCCUCACUGUCGUCAUAUCGACUUGUACAUCCGUCAACCUCCUGAAUGGUAUGGUACUAGUGGGCUUUGGCAUUGUCUAUCAGGAGGACAUCGGCACUGCUGCUGGUCUCGCCGGAACCUCACGUCUCCUUGCUGGGGCCGUUGCUACUGCUAUAUUUAGCAACGUGACGAACGGAAAAUACGGAGACUCCCUUCCUGCCGCCGUGCGCGCUAACCUGGCACCCUUCAACCUCUCGUCCGAUAUAGUCACAGAGCUUAUCACGGCCGCCAAAGCUAAUACUGCCGCCGGAUAUGCUGCUAUUCCCGGAAUCACUCCCGCAAUUAGGGCCGCAGCUAGCUUGAGCAACAAGCAGGCGUAUCUUGAGGGCGCUCAUCUGUCAUAUUUAGUCGCCCUGGCAUUUGGGCUAUUGGGUGUGGUGGCGGCGUUCUUUAUCCCAUCUGUGGAUAAGCGGAAGUACACGGAGAAGACUGUCGCUGUUCAGAAGUCGGAUUGGAAAGCGCUACAGGAGAAGAAUUUGGACGAGGCCUCCGCUGUCUAGAAGCGUGAUAGCACACGACAUAAGAGAGACUUUCUAAAGUGGACGAAAUAUAAGCUUCUACAAAAGGAGGCUCCUGUGCAGUCCCGCACCGUUGAAUUCGUGAUAGUGUAAUGCUUG